GGUAGUGGUAGUGGCUGCCACCGUCGUCGGCUUUGGUUUUUCUUUCUGCGGGUCGAAAAAAGCACGCGCGUCAGUCGCCGUUGUACGGUGCGUGUGUGGUGCCGAUCUUAUCACCGCCGUGGAGAUCGGCUCACGGGCGUCGCUCCUUCUUCUUGAAAAUAUCGGGAAAAUAAUCUUUAGAGUGUUUCUUAUUUGUCAGAUCGAUCGCCGAUUCAUCGUCAAGCCGAUAAUGGGAUUCCUCAAGCGGGACGAUGCUAGCAGCUGCUCCGAUGAGUCCAAUGUCGAUAUUUUCAGAAGCAUACCCAAAGCUAGCACGGCGUUCAGUAUAUGGAAGAUCGAGGGACUACGAAUCAUAUCGCUUGGAAGAACAAAGGUGGGAACUUUCCUGUCGGACUCGGCUUAUUUACUCUACGCUGCUUCGGACAGAGACGGUGUGCUUCCCUAUCCCAACAUGCCGACAAAGGAGUUGAAGAACAAAGCGGCGGUGCGGGCCAUUCACUUCUGGGUGGGGGCAGACUGCGACAUGAACGUAUCCGGGGCUGCGGCGAGAGCUGCCGCGGAGCUCGACUCGCGGGUCGCGGCGACGAUCCUAAUGCGCGAGGCCCAGGGCCGUGAGAGUCCCCGUUUCCACGCCUACUUUCGGCAGCGCUCGAUCAACGUCGAGGGACAAUCCGUCGAGGACGAUUAUAAAUGUAGCCUUCACCGGGUGACCGGUACCGCGCUACCCGUCCUCACUCAACUGACGCCCGUCGACUGGAGCAGCUUCUCCUCGCGCGACGUCAUCCUCCUCGACGUGCGAACCAGAUCGGUAAUAUUUCUGUGGCUCGGAUCCAAAUCGGAUCCCUUGCAUAAAAGCCACGCUCUGCGGCUUCUGGACGAGCAGAAGAAAACUAAGAAUGGCGAGGAGACGCGAAUUUUUAUCGUUGAGGAUGGCUAUGAGCAAACCCUUCAACCCGAAGCCCGUAAGCUCUUUAACGAGAUCCUGGAUCUUUCAGUGCGUUUUGUCUCGCCAGAACCCCUCAUUGAGAGUUAUCAGCCCUCGGCCAGCAUUAAGCUGUACAAGUGCAACGAGCUGAACGGCAAGUACAAGGUCGCCGAGCUAAAGUCCGGGCCGAUUUUCCGGUCGGAUCUCGAGUCGAGCGCCGUGUUCCUGUUGGAGCGCGGCGAGGCUGGCGUGUGGGCUUGGGUCGGCAAGGAUGCGAGCGCCAAGGAGCGGCUCGAGGCCGUACGUAACGCACGAGGAUUCGUGAAGAAGAAGGGCUACGGGCCCUGUGUGCCGGUAGCCCGGGCCCUCGAGGCUCGCGAGCCCCCGGAGAUGCGCAGCUGGGUGAAGGGCUGGCCGAGGUCGUGCGCGCGGCCCCUAAUUCUGCCGACGAGCUUCGAGCCGGACUAUAUGGCCGAGAGGCCGAGGAUGGCGGCCGAGUGCCAGCUUGUCGACGACGGCAACGGCGAGAGGACGCUAUGGAGGGUCGAGCACCAGACGGGCCUCGUUCUUCUCAAGGACAGCGGCGUCUUUUACGCGGAGGCCUGCUAUUUGCUACGCUACAAGUAUGGAUAUGGACGCAGGAGCAGGACUAUCAUAUACCAUUGGGAAGGAGCUGAAUCGAUGUGCAAUGACAAAGAGGCAGCGAUCGAGGCGGCCUGCAAUUUAAGCGAAGAUGAGUCGGCUCAACUGAUAAUAACGUCACAGGGCAAUGAGCCUCCGCACCUUCUUCAAAUGUACAAUGGCAAACUGAUAAUACUCAAUGGACCGCACAGGGAUGCUCCCCCGAAGAAAUAUCUCGUUCGAGUUUACGGCUCAACCCCAUACACGUCCAAGGCUGUGGAACGUCCGUUGCGAGCGAAUAGUCUCGACUCCGGAGGUGUCUUCAUACUCUUUUCGAAUUUGCCGAUGGUCUGGUGUGGGAGCAAAAGUACCGGCGACGCUAGAGAGGCGUCGAGGAGAUUGGCUCCGGCAACGGCACCGCUUAUUUGCGAAGGAAAAGAGGACGACGAAUUUUGGACGCAACUCGAGGGCAAAGGCGUAUGUAAUGUGGAGUCGGUGGAGAGCGAAGGGGAAGAUAUGGAUAAGCACUUUUAUCAUUUGAAAAUCGAAAAGUCCAUGUUCACUGGCGAAGAGAUACUCGGCUUCGCGCAAAACAGUCUUAUCCCGGAAGCGAGUUGGCUCCUCGAUGCUGGAAGCGUCAUUUGGAUUUGGAUAGGCAGUUACUGUGCGCCAAAGCCCCUGAAAGAUUAUAUCGAGGAGGCAAAAAUUUUUCUUCAUACCCAUCCUGUUAAUCGUGACCGCAGUACAAUAAUCUCCAUAAUUAAACAAGGAUUGGAGCCACCAACGUUCAUUGGACUAUUCGAUAAUUGGAAUCAUAAUUUACUGAGAGAUUAUAGGCCUUUCAAUGCAUUGCGAGCGAGUGUCCAAGAACGGGAUGCAUUAAUAAAUGACAUUACGGCUAUAAAAAUUAUAUCCGAAUUCGCUCAUUUUGUGAAAUAUCCGUUGAAAAUUUUGAAAAACGAUCCCGAAAACUUGCCUCCAGGCGUUGACGUAUCGCGCAAGGAAAUGCAUUUAACCUUUGACGAUUUUAUGACAGUUUUUAAAAUGGAACCAACUGAGUUUGAAAAGUUACCCACUUGGCGACGACAAAGACUUAAGCAAACAGCCGGACUUUUCUAAGAACGCAUCGAAUAAAAUCAAUUCAUUAUUUUGUAAAAAUUUUAUAAUUCUAAACGAUAAAUAUCC